AGCCAUAGACAGAGCUUCAGUUAAACCAGAGAAAUAUGUCAAUAUCUAGAAAAGAUUUGGAUCCUGCUUUCCAUGGGGCAGGACAGAAAGAUGGGAUGGAAAUAUGGCGCAUUGAGAACUUUGCCCCUGUCCUUGUUCCAACAUCUUCGCAUGGGAAAUUUUUUAUGGGUGACUCGUAUGUGAUUUUAAAGACAACUGCUACAAAAAAUGGUGCUUUGCGUCAUGAUAUCCAUUAUUGGCUUGGUAAAGAUACUUCUCAGGAUGAAGCUGGAACUGCUGCCAUCAAGAGUGUUGAGCUUGAUGCUGUUCUUGGAGGACGUGCUGUUCAGUAUCGUGAGGUACAGGGUCAUGAGACGAAAAAGUUCCUCUCUUAUUUUAGACCAUGCAUCAUGCCACUACAAGGCGGGGUGGCAUCUGGAUUUAAGCACACUGAUGUCAACGCGAACACAAAUGAGACUCGCCUAUAUCUCUGCAAAGGGAAGCAUGUUGUCCACAUAACAGAGGUUCCUUUUGUUCGGUCAUCCCUCAAUCACGAUGGCAUUUUCAUUCUGGACACAAAAUCUAAGAUUUUCCAAUUCAACGGAUCCAACUCAUCCAUUCAACAGAGGGGUAAAGCUCUUGAGGUGGUCCAGUAUAUUAAAGACACCUAUCAUGAUGGGAAGUGCGAGGUAGCGGCAAUUGAGGAUGGUAAGUUGAUGGCUGAUGCUGAUGCUGGAGAAUUCUGGGGCUUCUUUGGUGGUUUUGCACCUCUUCCACGAAAGGUGCCUUCUGAGGGAGUAAAAGAUGUGGAGACCUCUACAAAACUACUUUGUGUUGAGAAAGGACAGCCAGCAACAGUUGAUGCUGACUUACUGACCAGAGAUUUGUUAGAUACUAACAAGUGUUACUUGCUGGAUUGUGGCAUUGAAGUUCAUGUGUGGAUUGGCAAAAAUACAUCUCUUGAGGACAGGAAAAGUGCAAGUUCUGCUGCAGAAGAACUGAUAGGUGGGUCUGACAGACCAAAAUGUCAUUUAAUGCGUGUUGUUGAAGGAUAUGAGACUGUCAUGUUUCGAUCAAAGUUUGAUAGAUGGCCAGAGACAACUGGUGUGGCUGCACCUGAAGCUGGUAGAGGCAAGGUAGCUGCCCUUUUAAAGCGCCAGGGGUUGAAUGUGGAAGGCCUUGCAAAGGAUGACGCUGUCAAGGAAGACCCUGAACCCUUUAUUGAUUGUACAGGUGAUUUAAAGGUUUGGCAUAUAAAUGGGGAAGAGAAAGAGCUUCUUUCAUCUACCAAUCAGUCAAAAUUUUACAGUGGAGAUUGCUAUAUUUUCCAAUAUGCAUACGCUGGUGAUGACAAAGAGGAGCGACUUAUUGGCACUUGGUUUGGGAAGCUGAGUGUUGAGGAUGAUCGAGCAAUUGCUAUAUCCCUCUCCAAGAAGAUGGUUGAAGCCCUGAAGUCACAGGCUGUUCUGGCUCGCAUUCAUGAAGGAAUGGAACCCAUUCAAUUCUUUUUAAUCCUUCAGAGCUUUAUUGUUUUCAAGGGAGGUCUGAGUACAGGAUAUAAGAACUUUAUCGCAGAAAACAACAUUCCUGAUGAGACAUAUUCAGAAGAUGGGCUUGCACUUCUACGAGUUCAAGGUUCUGGACCAGAUAACAUGCAAGCGAUACAAGUGGAACCGGUGGCUUCUUCCUUGAACUCUUCAUACUCUUACAUUUUACAUAGUGACGCAAUAAUUUUUACAUGGAUUGGAAAUCUUACUACCUUGGAGGACCAUGAGCUUGUUGAGAGAUUGCUAGAUCAAAUAAAACCAAAUCUUCAGUACAAACCUCUAAAGGAGGGCUCAGAAACUGAACAUUUUUGGAGCUUAAUUGGAGGUAAAGCUGACCAUCCCAGUCAAAAGAUUACAAAGGAACCAGAAAGUGAUCCUCACCUAUUCUAUUGUAAUUUAUCCAAAGACCCUUCUAAGGUUACAGAGAUAUUUAAUUUUAACCAAGAUGAUUUAUUGACUGAAGAUGUUUAUAUCCUCGAUUGUCACUCAAACAUCUUUGUUUGGGUUGGAAAACAUGUGGACUCCAAGAUUAGAUCACGAGCCUUAGAAAUUGGGGAGGAAUUUCUUGAACGGGAUUUUUUAAUUAAAAAGCAAUCACGAGAAACACCAAUAUUCAUAGUGACAGAAGGAAAUGAGCCGCCGUUCUUCACUCGUUUCUUCAAGUGGGACUCUGCAAAAACACAAAUGCAUGGAAAUUCAUACCAGAGAAAGCUUGCGGUAGUCAAAACUGGAACGGUUCGAGCUUUUGAUAAGCCAAAGCCACGUGUGCCAUCUUAUGGUGGUGGGAGAGUAAGUGUUACUGAUAAAUCUAAUCGUUCCAGAAGCAUGUCUAUCAGCCCUGACAAUGCUCGUGCAAGGGGAAGAUCUCCAGCAUUUACUGCAUUAGCUAAAAACUUUGAGAAUUCAAGUGCCAGGAAUCUUUCUACACCACCUCCAGCCGUUACAAAGCUUUAUCCUAAGUCUGCACUGGCAGAGUCUGCAAAAUCAGUAGUACCAAGGUCAGCAGCUAUUGCUGCUUUAACUGCAUCUUUUGAGUCUACAAAGGGAACUGUUGAAUCGAAGUUGUCCAAAGGAGUAAGAAGUAUUGCUAAUCAUGGAAGUCUAGAAAGCAACUCUAAAGAAGGUGUGAGAACUGAUGACCUCACCAUUAAAGAAGAUAUCAAUGAGGGUGAAGUUGAAGGUGAAGAUGAAGAUGACAGUGGGUUACCCAACCAUCCUUAUGAACGCUUAACCACGACAUCAACUGAUCCUGUUACCGACAUAGAUAUAACCAAGAGAGAGGCUUACUUAUCCUCAGCUGAUUUUAAAGAGAAAUUCGGCAUGAGAAAGAGUGCUUUUUAUGACCUUCCAAAGUGGAAGCAAAACAAACUUAAGAUGUCAGUUGAUUUGUUUUGAACACUAUCAUCUGCUUCCAAUUUUCACAAGAUAGUUGUAAUCUGAAAGGUACAACCUCGCACAUUCAAAUUAUUUCUCAGGUGUCUCUCGUAUCCUCAUCAGUUUUGUUUGUUCUACAGAUUGAUCCCUUUUUUUUUUCACUUUCUUUUCUUUGUUUCCAUAAGAUGUUUCAUUCUGUUUUAGAUAGGAAAAGGGAUGCCAUGUGUCCAGAAUUCAAGAGUGUAUUCUUUGAGGAAUGAAAUAAAAUGCUGAGACAGCUACACAACUUUGGACAUUGGUGUUG